GCGGAGCGGGUAGCGGAAAGAUGCGAGGCUUCGGUCAAAACAAUAACGCGGAUUUCAAUGGAGUGUGCAAGGUGUGCGGAGCAAAGCAUGAAGCCGACAGAUGUAAAUUCAAGAAGUAUGUCUGCCGAGUAUGUAACCAAGAAGGACAUUUAAAAAGGGUGUGUCCUAAGCUGCGGGGAAGUUCGUCCGUAUACAACGUGACGGAAGAGAAGGUUGUGUAUUUGGACCGUUCGGACAACAGCGACAGCGACGAGUUCCAGAUACUGUGAGGUGUUUGCGGAGGGCUUGGGCCGGUUCACCGGGGGCACGGUCGGGUUCCACCUGCGGCCGGACGCGCGGCCGGUGUUCCUGCGCGCGCGCCCCCUGGCGUACGCGCUGCGCGAGCCGGUGGAGCGCGCGCUCGAGCAGAUGGUGCGCGACGGCAUCAUCACGCCUGUCGCCACCUCCGACUGGGCCACGCCUAUAGUGCCGGUAGUUAAAAAAGAUGGCACCAUAAGGGUAUGUGCUGAUUUUAAGUUAACGCUAAAUAAAUGUUUAGAAGUGGACCACUAUCCUUUACCGAAAGUAGAAGAUUUGCUAACUAAAUUGCACGGGGGAAAUAAGUUUACUAAAUUAGACCUGUCGCAAGCUUACGCCCAGUUUGAAUUGGAUGAGUCUAAGAAAUAUACGGUGAUUAACACCCAUAAGGGUUUAUUUAUGUACAAUAGACUGAUAUAUGGGCUAGCGUCUAGUCCUGGUAUUUUCCAGAGAAAACUCGAGCAAUUGUUUGCGGAUAUGCCUCGUGUAGGUGUCUUUCUAGACGAUUUGAUUAUAACAGGGGUCGAUGACCGAUCACAUAUAGACACGCUUCACGAAGUGUUUGAAAGGUUAAGGAAAUAUGGUCUAAGAGUUAAAAAAGAUAAAUGUACGUUUUUUGCGGACUCGGUAACAUAUCUCGGAUUUGUAAUUAGUAAGCAAGGUGUUCAUACAUGCCCUGAAAAGAUUGAAGCGAUCAAACAGGUACCGGUUCCAAAUAAUGUGGCAGAAUUACGAUCAUUCUUAGGGUUAGUGAUGUAUUACGCGAAGUUCGUACGCAAUAUAAGCACUAUACUAGCGCCUCUGUAUGCACUUUUGCGGAAAGAUGUGAAGUAUGAGUGGAGUGAAGCUUGCAUGCGCGCGUUUAGUGAGGUAAAGCAAAUGUUGAUUUCUGGCGAUAUAUUGGCGCAUUAUUCGCCAGAUCUUCCUAUAAUUCUGACCACUGAUGCGAGCAGUGUAGGCGUCGGCGCGGUGAUUUCGCACCUUGUGCCCGGCGCCGGCGACACUAGCGCCACCGAGCGGCCAAUAGCGUACUCAUCGCGGGUGCUCAACGCCGCAGAGAAGUCGUAUUCGCAAAUUGAACGGGAGGCACUUUCAAUAAUUUAUGGGGUCCGAAAGUUUCACCAAUACUUAUAUGGUAGAAAGUUUAUUCUUAGAACAGACCAUAAGCCUUUGGUGACAAUUUUCGGCGAUAAAGUAACCCACCCGUAAUGGCUGCAAGUCGUAUGCAGAGGUGGGCGGUUAUUUUAGCUGGUUACGAUUAUACUAUCGAGUAUGUGCGUAGUGACGGGAACGCGGCCGACGCUUUAUCUCGCUUACCGGUGGGUAAGGAGAAAAGCCAGCGUAAGGAAGUCACAUAUUUAAAUUUUAUCCAAAACUUCUUACCGAUUACGAGGAAAAUGGUUCAAGAUAACGUUAGUAAGGAUGAAGUACUAAAGAAAAUAUUUCUGUUUCUACUGUCCGGCUGGCCUAGCAGUUGUGACGAUGACGCACUUAAGCCGUAUUACCUGCGCCGCAAUGAAUUAUAUAUAGACCGGGGUUGUAUAAUUUGGGGUUACAGGCUAGUAGUACCAGAGGCUUUGAGAAAUCACUUACUCAAAGAGUUACAUGUUGGUCAUUUAGGUAUCGUGAAAAUGAAGAGUCUCGCCCGUAGCGUGAUGUGGUGGCCUGGAAUAGACAGGGACAUCGAAGAGUUAGGUAAGCAGUGCACGACGUGUGCUCUAGAGGGCGCCGCACCCCCGCGAGUGCCGCCACAGCCGUGGCCGUAUAACCCGGAGCCCUGGUCGCGAUUACAUAUUGACUUUCUGGGACCUUUUCAGGGUGAAACUUUUUUAGUCAUUAUAGAUUCAACGACGAAAUGGUUAGAAAUAUUCAAAAUGACUAAAACUACAGCUAGGGGAGUUAUUAAAUCGUUACGGGAAACGUUUGCUCGUUUUGGACUGCCUUUGGAAGUAGUUUCGGACAACGGUCCUCCGUUUACGUCUAAGGAAUACGCACAUUUUAUGGACAGUAACGGUAUCAAAAUGACGUUUACGCCAGCUUACCACCCAGCCUCCAAUGGCGCUGCAGAAAAUGCGGUUAAGUUAUGCAAGCGAGCCAUUAAAAAGGCACUUCGAGAUGGUUGUGAUGUGGAUGAAGCUCUUCAAGCAUAUCUCAUGAUGUACAGGAACGUUGAACAUAGUUCUACAGGGUCUGCCCCAGCUAUGUUGUUGCAACGUAGACGACUACGAUCGAGGCUAGAUUUAUUAAGGGGUACUCGGCAGAUCGAGUCUAGGGUACAGCAAGCUCAAGAUAAACAAGUGUUUAACGCGGGAGGGAAACCUAGGGAACUUAAUGUGGGCGAUUCUGUGUGGGCGCGAGAUCAUGCCGGGGGAAGCUGGUUAAGUGGUCAAGUUAAGGAGAAAGUAGGUUCCCGGAAUUUUAUUAUAGCUAGGGAAAGUGGUCCACAACUAAAAAGACAUUUAGAUCAGAUUAAAAGAAGACGUAGCAGUUACGCAGUGACCCUGUCGGAUGUGUCGGAGGCGGCGCCAGGCGAGGAAUCCGCGGUUAAUGAGACUGAGGCGAGUCAGGGUUCGCGCGCGCCGGAAUCUGUGGUUGAACCCGAUCUUAAGGAACCACCGCAGCCAUCUGUAGAGACCGUGUCCCGGAACACAGUGCCCAGGCACACGGAAUGUAAUGAGUCCCCUGCGGACCGACCCAAGCGCAUUCGUAAACCCGUGCUAAGAUAUGGCUUCGAGUUUGAUUAAAUUAUUAUGUGUCCUAGUUCCUAGUAUUAAGCGACUCGUACACUAGUAAGUAGUUACAAGGAAAACAUGUAUUAGUAAUUAAGGGUGGAGGUGUAAUGUAUGUGGGUAGACUCAUAUUUCUACAAUAGAGGGUAGAUUGCGCACCAUGCCUGUCGAUCGAUUAAAUGCAAUACCGAA